GAACUCGCCCAAUCCUGCUCUCCCAUUGGCUCCGUCGGCCACAUGACCACACUGGCUCCGACGGAGACACAGACAAAUUAAAAACAUUCAAAAUAAGAAUAUUAAUUAACAAAAACAGUUAAUUAUUCCCGCACAGAUUAACGCUGCAGCCUCGUUCUUCUGGAUGUGAGAGCAGUGGAGCGAGGUUCUCCUUUAAAGCGGAUUCAGCGGAGCUUCGGUUCGUAAAGCGUGAUUACGGACGAUAGACGAUGUCGGGCAGUUUCUACUUCGUCAUGGUGGGUCAUCAUGACAACCCUGUGUUUGAGAUGGAGUUCCUUCCAGCUGGGAAAGCAGAAUCGAAGGAUGACCACCGACAUCUGAACCAGUUCAUUGCUCAUGCAGCGCUUGACCUGGUAGAUGAGAACAUGUGGCUGUCCAACAGCAUGUACCUGAAGACUGUGGACAAGUUUAACGAGUGGUUCGUCUCUGCGUUCGUCACUGCAGGUCAUAUGAGGUUCAUCAUGCUUCACGACGUGCGGCAGGAGGACGGAAUCAAAAACUUCUUCAAUGAUGUUUACGAUUUAUACAUCAAGUUCGCUAUGAACCCUUUCUACGAGGUAAACACGCCCAUCCGCUCCACGGCCUUUGACAGGAAAGUGCAGUUUCUGGGGAAGAAACACCUCCUGAGCUGAUUCCCGACCGACGUCUGUGGUUUUCUGACUUAUCGAUUGUUUUUGCGUUAUAAAUGUCAGAUGUACAAAUUUGAUUUCACAUUAAAUGUUUAUGCACCCUGA